AUGCCAAGGCGAAGGGCCGAGGAGGAGCAGACCACAGGGUACAACCACCCAGAAGAAGAGCCAGAGGAAGCAGCAGCAGCAGGGCUGUCAGGUGCUGAAGAUACUGCCACCACCACACAAGGCCCACCAAGGAAGAGGGCUCGGAAGAGGCCCACGUCCAACCUGACAGAGAACCUGACAGAGAACCUGACAGAGAACCUGAUAGAGAACCUGACAGAGAACCUGACAGAGAACCUGACAGAGAACCUGACAGAGAACCUGAUAGAGAACCUGACAGAGAACCUGACAGAGAACCUGACGGAGAACCUGACGGAGAACCUGACAGAGAACCUGACGGAGAACCUGACGGAGAACCUGACAGAGAACCUGACAGAGAACUUGACGGAGAACCUGACAGAGAACCUGACGGAGAACCUGACGGAGAACCUGACGGAGAACCUGACAGAGAACUUGACAGAGAACCUGACGGAGAACUUGACGGAGAACCUGACAGAGAACCUGACGGAGAACCUGACAGAGAACCUGACAGAGAACCUGACAGAGAACCUGACGGAGAACCUGACGGAGAACCUGACAGAGAACCUGACGGAGAACCUGACGGAGAACCUGACAGAGAACCUGACAGAGAACUUGACGGAGAACCUGACAGAGAACCUGACGGAGAACCUGACGGAGAACCUGACGGAGAACCUGACAGAGAACUUGACAGAGAACCUGACAGAGAACUUGACGGAGAACCUGACAGAGAACCUGACGGAGAACCUGACAGAGAACCUGACGGAGAACCUGACGGAGAACCUGACAGAGAACCUGACGGAGAACCUGACGGAGAACCUGACAGAGAACCUGACAGAGAACUUGACGGAGAACCUACAGCUUUCAGAAAUAUUGGAUUUUGUGGGGAUUUUAGUGUCCCUUGUCAUCCUGAACUUUUUUUCUUCUUAA